CCUGGAGGAAACAAACCACACAAGUGAGUGAACUGAUGCCAUAUUUUAGUAAGAGCCCAGUGUAAAUGCUAUCCGGUGUUGGCUUAAAAGUGUCUGCUGCUUUUACGGAACCGAUGACACACAGCUCUGAUAACUUGUCUGAUGGUGAGUCCUGCCAGGCUGUGCCUGGAUGUGGGAUGAUUGCUGCAUUUCCUGGUGGUGUGAGGAGGAAAACAGAUAAUGUGGAAAUGUGAGAGGUGCAAACACGUGCUGUUUUCUUAUAACUGCAGCUGAAGCCACAGUUGCCUGCAGGGAAUGACUGGACAUUACAAGUCAAUAGAUACUUCAUUGUGGGUGGCUAAUAGGAAUGCGUACAUACAUAUAUAUACAAUCUCCACAGCAUGGUAUCUGUAUGAAACCAUUAUGCCUGAGUCAGAUUGCUUGUGUUUGGCGUUGAACUGGAUUUCAACUUGUUACGUUUACUUAAGGUGUGGCAAAAGCUGCCUUAUAAAGGAGAAUGGGGAUAGUGCCAGCCUGUCUGUCCUUCUGUUGGUGUUGGCUGGAGCAUUACACCGGAGGCAUUGCAGGUAAAACAUUGCUUUGCUAUUUUGCUUAGUACAAGAUGAAGCAGGUGAAAUACAAGUAAUAGCGCUGGAAAAGCACUGCAGACACAUUGAGAGAGGUUUGUCCUGGGGAGACAGAACAAAUUAGAGUCCCUGUCCUUAAUGUGACCUGAAGGGAAAGAAAAGAUGAAUUUGCUGUCCUUAGGAAGGACCUUACAAUAAAACGGUAAGUCGUCAGAAGUAAUUGGAUCAAGUGGGAGUGGAGAUCCUAAGAGAGGGAGGACUCGAUAGUUACUGCAUGCUGCUGUUAAAUGUGAUAGAAAAAGGGUGUCUGGAACUGUCCUAUGCUGUGUGUGCAAAAUGAGGAGAAAAUUGACUUAAUAAAUAGCCAGAAGGGAGUACUUCAUGGACCGUUUGGAGCAGAAUGCCACACACAGUGCCACUGGGAAAGUAAUCUCCUGGAGGGUUGCCAAAGUGCCUUGCAUUGCUUUUGAUUUUCAGAGGUACUCAAGGCAUUCAUAGAUUGUACGUAUGAGGAGCCACUGUCUUUCUGGGGUUUGGAGUGCCCAGGUUGAAGCCUCUGCAGCUUGCUGUCACUGUGGGCAAGAUACUGGAAAGCAUCACUCUCCGAUUUGUUUUUCUCUCCGAACGCAAGGAGGGCUCAUAAACUCACGCUUUCCUUCCUUACAAGAUAGUUCUGGAACUGUCUCCUUGAGGUUUCUACAGUGCUCAAAAUACACAAAUAACAGGGUCUUAGAGGAAAAGAGCGCCUGCGUUGCAGUAGCGUGUACCGAAUGCUAUGGGUGAGAUAGAAUGUACAUUGAUAGUUGGGCGUGUGUGAGAGGGAAACAGGAAGAAGGGCUGCAGGCUUUUUGGCUCUUCUGGUGUUCUUUGUAGUGUUUGAGAAAAUUCAGCUGCUCUUCCUGAAGUACAGAAACUCAUCUGAGCCAACACACCGCAGAAAUGCUUUGAGGGAACAGGUGGAGAGGAGAAAAGGGACAGUUAAGCUGUGAAGUAGACGUGUGUUUCUAAUUGUCUGUUUCCACUUCCUACUUAGUGAAAAGUAUCAGAAGCCAUUGAAGGAAAUUAUGUCUGUACCCUGACAUAAAUCUUUAUGCAAAGUGUAAUUAGCUGUCAGUUGCAUGUGCCACCAUUGAGUACCUGAUUAUAGUAGCUGCUUGACAUCUCUCGUGAAUGAGUGCCAGAGGGAGACGAGGCACACCCUGUGCUGCUGACUUUUAAGCAGUUUACUGCAGAAAACGGUGGGUGCUUGGGGUUCCCAAGUGAGGUUAUCUGGAGGUCACCAAUGUUUUUUUGAGACGGACAGCAAGCAGAAGGAAGAGGGACCAAAAAAGGGCAGUAGAUGCAAAGUUGGGUGUGAUUCUUCUCCAUUUCAGAUAAGUAACUGUGUUGGAGGAGAUCCCAGGACUGAGUAAAUGUAUGUUUAACCCCUUCUAAAUGGUAAUUUCCAUCUUUUGUUGAGAGUCAGUUUGUUGUUUUUUCUCCAGUGUUUCAUAAUCUGUCUGAAUUAGCUUUUGUGAGUGUUUGAAAUCCCUCCCUCUUUCUCAUGUCUUGUGGCAGAGAGCAGCCUGAGGGCAACACCUCUUGAGACUCCUUUCGUUGUAGCUUUGUUCCUCUAAAGUCUUUGUGCCUCGGAGUGUAUGAAGGGUAAGAAGCUCCCCAGCCAGACAAGCGAUAUCCUGCUUUGAAAACUGUUGGGAUCUCUGCUGUUGCUGGUGCACCCGUGAGAGUCAGCCUGUGGCCAGGGCUUGGGAUGCUGCUCUGAAGGAGUCGGCUGGGAGAGGACAGUGGACAGGACAGUGCUCAUCAGGAAAGGCGCACAAUGCUUGCCCCUGGUUCAGCUCUGACACUGGAACAGGGCUGGCAAACAGCACAGCCAACAGGAAGCCUCCGAAACCUGAAGAAACUUAAUAAUCAGGACUUUAGUCGUCUGCGAGCCCAGUGUCUGAGCCAAGGACUGCUUUUUGAGGAUGCCACCUUCCCUGCACACGUCAGCUCCAUUGGUCCCAACCUGCUCCCAGAGGACAAGCUGCGUCAGAUACAGUGGAAGAGGCCAACUGAACUUCAGAGAAAUCCUUAUUUGGUUGUUGAUGGAGUCAGCAGAUUUGAUAUCAUGCAAGGUGAAAUAGGUGACUGCUGGAUGCUGGCUGCCCUGGGUUCCCUGACACUGCAGAAGCAAUUUUUAGAAAAUGUUUUACCAAAGGGCCAAGGAUUCCAGGACGAUUAUGCUGGGAUUUUUCAUUUUCGGUUCUGGCAGUGUGGAGAUUGGGUGGAUGUAGUGAUUGAUGACCGGCUGCCGUUCCUGAAUGGAAGAUACCUGUCUGUACACCCUCGAACAUCAAAUGAGUUCUGGCCAUCUUUGCUGGAAAAAGCAUAUGCCAAGUUACGGGGCUCCUACCAGAACUUGCAUGGAGGCUACCUUUCGGAUGCCUUAAUUGACUUCACAGGCGGAGUCCAAGUGCAGUUUUCACUGAAGGAUCCUCCUUCUGAUCUGGAGGAGAUACUGAAAGCUGCUGACAGAUCCCAGUGCCUGAUGGGGUGUAGCACCUCUGGCCAGCUGAAGAGGAACAUAAUGCUGAAGAAUGGCAUUGUACAGGGUCAUGCCUACACUGUCACAGGAGCUGUGAAGAUACGCUACAAGAAUGGCUGGAAACACAUAAUCAGGAUCUGGAAUCCAUGGGGCCAUGGAGAGUGGAAGGGGCCCUGGAGCGACGGCUCUUCUCAGUGGGACCAUGUUGAACCUAAAUACAGAGAAACCCUCCUCAGGAAUAAGGAUGAUGGAGAAUUCUGGAUGUCCUGUGAAAACUUCCGGGAGCAGUUUUCCUGGCUGUACAUAUGUAAUAGCACCCCAGUAUUUCUGGACUUCGGAGAUCAGCACUGCACCACAUGGUCUGUGGAGAGGCACGUCAGCCUGUGGAGUCCAGUGCGUGCCACAGGAAGGAACAACUACUCCCCAGCAGGUGCAGUUUCUACAAACAUGCAGUAUUUCAUCAAAGUGCCAGAUUAUGACCCCAAAACUUAUAAUGUCGUCAUUUCACUCAUGCGAAAACAUGCUGCGGAUCAGCAAGAUGCAAAACGCCUGAAUAUUGGCUUUUUGAUCACUGGGGAGAACUCCAAAGUUCUGAAAGAAAGCUUUUCCGUGACUCGAGAUGUGACCAACUGUUUCACGUUGAGCCCAGGAACCUAUGCUGUCAUUCCUGCUACGACAGAGAACCAAGAAUUUGAAUUUCUUUUGCGGGUUUUCAUGAAGACUCAGGACUACAAUGAGAGCUUACACUCCCUGCCCAGCCCACUGCUGCCAAUGGACGUAUCAAACCAGAACCGGGACAGCUCCUAUAAGGCUGCCUUCCUAAAAUAUGCUACACAGGGCUCAGCUAUCGAUGCCUUGCAGCUGCAACAACUCCUUAAUGAAGUGAUCUUGCAAGAUGGAAUGACCAGCCUGGGAGGAAGAUUCAGCUUUGAUUCAUGCAGAGGCAUUUUAGCUCUGAUGGAUCUCAACUCAAACGGACGACUCACCCUGCAGGAAUUUGGGACCCUCUGGCGCAGUCUCAUGAAGUACAUGGAUAUCUUCAGGAAGGAAGACAGAAAUAAUUCUGGAUUUCUUGAUGUGUUUGAACUGAGAAGUGCGAUACAGACAGCAGGCCUGGUUGCCAACGAGCAGCUCCUGCGCCUGAUGGCCCUGCGGUAUGGCGAUGGUGCCGGGAGAAUUGGCUUCUCGGACUUCAUCUGCUGCAUGCUGCGCCUUGAGACCGUGACCCAUGCAUUUCAAAACUUAGCAGAAGGCGGAUCGCGAAUUUCAAUGACAACAAUAGAGUGGCUGACUCUUGUCAUGUACACCUAAAGAGCUGUCAGAGCUCAGUCUAGCUGGUGGUAUUUCUGUUCUCCAGUGUGACACAGCCCAAGGAAACACACGCAAGAGCCAUUCGUGAAAAAUGAAACAUGAGGAAGGAGCAAGGCCAGGUUUCUUACAGACAUUUGCUUAUGCUUGGCAGUACUCAGGUGUCUGGAAGGAGAGUCCUUUCCAGGAAAAAUGGAGUUGCUUUGGAGAGAGGAGAGGAGAUAAUGAGGGAGAUCUGUGGACAAACUGGUGGGACUUAAUGGUCGGAGUGAGCUGGACAUGUGGACUGUAAUCUCCUCUCAUCUUCCUGUAACCAGGCUGGUUCUCCUGGUUAACGCACAGGACUCAGGAAGAGCUCAAUUAACUCCACUGCAAAUAAGAGCAGAAUCUGUGUGUAAGGAAUGUCUAUCGCUUAGGUUACAAAACCAAUUAAGACACUGUUUUAUUGGAAUUAUUUCUUAAUUUGCUUUUGUGCCAUUUUUAAAUGCCAAAAAAAGGUUGAAGGAAUUAAUCAUAAUUCAUAAAUAACACCAGGAGUUUUGUGAUUUAUUUUUUUACUUGUUAAUAAUAAUAAAAAAUGUGCCUUGUGUAUAUUUGAAUUCAUCAACCGUAGAGAUCCCAUUUGAUUUGCUACGGUAACAAAGAGGGAUAUUAGAGAUGCAGGACAGAUCGGUCAGUGUGUUUUUCUGAUUUUCAGCAUCUAUAGCAGGAGAGUUUAGCUGACCUGCCUUCUCUUUCUCAGUCCCAGUGUCUAAAAAUACUGGGCUGCUUCUGAUAAAAUUCCUGCUCAAAAGUUUUAAUUAAAUCUGCUAAAUAAUGGUAACAUUUCCGUAGUCCCCAUACAAAUUCUGCUUUCAUACGUGUAUGUCGUGGUGAUAAAAGCAAAUCUAGCAAUUUACUCAGCUGUCGGGGAAAAAAAGUCUUUGAAGACUCUAUUUUAUAAUGCCAGAAAGAAGGAUGUGGAACUAUGCUUAGCUAAGGUGUAUUAGUAGAUGCAUUGUGUCCCUGUUCAGUUUAGGAAUUCAAAAGGGUAAGGAAAAACCUGGAAGUGCUGCUGUGUGACAUCCACCAUGCAGGUCAGGGAUGCUUCUGCAUGCUCAGCCCUGCUGGGAACAAGCUGUUGGUCGCCACGCAGGAAUCACUCACGGUAAAAUGGUUAAAAUGAGUUCAAUACAUUCAAUGUUUAAAUACAUUCCUGGUGUGUGAAAGCCUGACUGUAAAAAUACUGAGCUGUUAAGAUCAGCACAUUAGGAUCAAUCUUAAAAAUCUUCAUUUUCAGACAAUUACGUUUUGUUUUGUUAUGACACAUAAUUGCCUUUCUGUGGAAGGCAGUUCUGCUCGUUGUGAGGCAGAGAUCCUUGUCUCUAAUGACUUUGGCCACAGACUGAAAGGUUCCUUCGCCACUAAAAACUCCCAGCAGAUUCCAGACGUCCCGGGUAAGGAACAUCACCGAUUAGAUUAUCUCCUCAUGGAGAGUUGCCAGGGAUGCUGACCCUCCUCACGCCAGGGGUGCGGGUGCACCUGUGCCCAGAGCCCGCGCAGCCGGGUGCCGUUGCCAGCCAGAGCGCAGCUCUGUCACGUCAGCCCUUUGCUCGGCUGUGCACGGCCUGUGCGUGUCAGGGUCUGGGGAGGAACCUGCAGCCCCGCGGGCUGAUCCUGCGCGGGGGCACAAAGUAAUAACUCAGCGCUGUCACUGACCGUGGCUGCCUGUCUGCAGCACUGGAAGAAUUGGUAUUCCACUUGAUUUAUACUUCCAACCAAGCUAAUUAAGCAACAAUUCAGGAGGAAUCCAUCAUUGUGACAGACUUGUUGAUUAACCAUCCCACAAGCAAAGUCAAGGGUGUUCGGUAGCCUGAAAAAAUAUUGGAUCCAUAGGGAGAAAAACAAUGAUUUGGCCAAUAUACAGCAGUGGCUGUUAUUCUCCAAAGCAAUGAGAGGCUUAAUACAUUUCACAAACACAGGGGGCAACUUUCAGCUCAGUGGGGUUGUAGAUAAAGAGGGAGAACUUCUACCUCUCAGCUCCGUGGGCAAACGCUGUGAAGAGCAACUCUGUAGAGCUGAUGUCCCUAUUAAGGUCUUCCUGCACCUUCAUCUGUGUUUGCCAGCUCUGAAAUGUGAGUGUGAUCCCCAUGACACUUCUGGCAUUUGUGAAAGCUCUGAGAGUCAUGCAAUUAUAAUAAUACUAUUUCUAAUUUUUUUGAUGAAAAUCAGUUUCCAGUCCUCAGAGACACAAGUCUGAAAAACUCUGAGAGGAUCUGCUAUUGGAAAUUGAAAAGAAAGACCUCAAACAAAUGGUUUCUUUUUAAAUCCUUGUGAUGCUGCACGCUUUUGGCCCUGGGGAGCGGGAUGCGCAGGCAGAUGGAGAGCGCACUGUUUUCCGAGCAGGUUUCCUGAUGCCCUCUGCCAGGCUGGGCGAUGCUGCCCUGGGUGCCGGCUGCCCGCUGUGCUGGGCCAUGUCCCCAGCUGCUGUGGCACUGGGUUCGUUUUCUGCUGCAUGGCAGUGACAUCUAGAGGCUCCCUGUCCUGAGCUCCUCUCUCUCACUGUUCGGCGCCGCUGGCAGCACUUGGCAGGCAGAAACCCGCUCCUCACGGAGCCCCUGGGAACCCCAUUCACACCCUACGUGUGAAGAACUGCAAGCAUUAAAUCCAAGCACCUUCCCUACCCCACCGUGGGAAGGAGCAUUGUUGUAGCACUUUGAGAAAAUUGUAUGUUGCUUCUGAGAUCCCAAAGGUUUGAGGAAGCCAACCUAUGUCCCUUUCCUGAGAGACAAAUGUCCACAGGUGGCUGUGCUCAUUACUCACUACAGACAGCUUGCCCAGCUAGGAAAUGCCUCCCUCGCUUUAUAUGCCACGCAUUAGGUUUGAUGCCAUCCAGCGCCACACACAGAACUGCCACAGAAAGACCCUUCAGGGCAGUGGGCCCGGUGCAACCUCCCCCCCUGCUCCGUGUGCUGUGCCCACCGCUCCCCCUCUGCCCUGUCUGCCCGGUGCGGAGCAGCUCGGCUGGGGGAGCAGCGCAGGGACAGCUUGGGGCGAGCCUUCCCCGUUAGCCUGGGAUUCCAUGCCCUAAAAACCCUUUACUUCUGAGGGACACAAGUUUUGCCUCCACCCACGGAGCAGGAAGGUGCUUCUUGUGUUGAUGUGUCUCCUGCAGUCUCUGACCCUGCUCCUGGAGCUGGAAGGGCUGACUUACAAACUGUCUCCCUCCAGGCGUUGCCUGACAGCUUUAUGCUAACAAAUGCCAAGAAACAGCCCUUUUGGCUCAGCUCUUUCAGCAGGUGACAGAUCCAGCUCUCCUAUUUAAUGUUCAUUUAACGUGUACAAGUCCUAGAAGAGGCAGACAUCUGCCAUCGUGCAUCUCUGCUGCUGAGACACGAAGACACGGGAUUGCAGGUGCUUCUUCAUGGGUGGCCGGGUGAUUUUAAAGCCAAAUUCAGAGUAUGGAUUACAAGAAUCCUGUUUCCAUUAAACUGCAUUAGUAAAAGUGAUUUC